AUGGCUGACGUGUAUCGUGCACUGGCUAGUCUAGAGUAUGGACUCAAAACCAAUACUUUAACUGACGGAACUCAGGACAACAACGGGACCGUCGCUCCGCCUAUUCGAUCGACAUUCGUUACGCCUUCGUCGCUGGAGCUCAAUGAUACAGAGUUUGCGAAUGGACAGCCGAAAAUGAUCACUCUACAUAGUUACGGUCGUGACACAGCGCGGCCCGAGCUAUUCCAGCUAUCCGUGGAAUCAUUGCACGAGCUCACGAUCGAGAGCAAGGCGGCUAUGCUACAAAAACGAGGCAUGUGCAAUGCGACAUCGCCGUCAGAGAAGGACAAGGAAGAUAUCUUGUUUGUGAAGGCCGAGGCCAGCGUUGCUUUUUUGACGAGUGUGAUUAUUGUACCCUCGGGAGGACGGCGCCGUGAUGCAUUCAAGAUUAUAUCUCCAGAUUCCGCCUGUUAUGAAAAUACCGGUGCCUGA